AGUCGGUUUGUUGUAUGGGCGCAAAAUCCGCUCUGUGUGUCUCCCUCCAGAGAGGAAGCUAACACGCUCUAGCUCAGCUUCUCAACAACAACAAUGUCCAGUCUUCCACAAAACAACCUGAAGGAGCAGCUGGCGAGGCACAGCACUGCCGCUCAGAGCAAGCUGUCUCUGGGUAAACCUAAACCAGGGGCCUUUUCCUUCAAAAAGAAGUCCUCAUCAGGUACAACCAAUGUGGAAGUCCCAACCAAGGUAAUCAGCUCUAAUGUUUUGGCAAACAGGAAUGUCAAUGUCCCUAAGAGCAGUUUGGUGACUAAAUCUCCUAUGAUAUUUUCAAACAAGCUUGAGAGACCUCAAAAAGCCCAAAUCAACAACUUCUUCAAUGUAAGUUCAAAAGGCAAGUCAGACUCCAUCAGCCCAGCAGGUAACUGUGCUCCUGCUGUUAAGGUGACGACAGCUUCAGCUAAAUCUGACAACCAGUUCACUAGUGGCAACGGAGGAAAUACCACAAGUCUGGAUGCAUCUCUUGGAUUCCCGAUGGAUGACUGGGAUGAUUUUGAUGACUUUGAAACUCCUGUCAAAGCAAAAAAUGACUCAUUCAGUUCAGAAAAAACUGUGAAGGGCACCAAUCCAGUGUCAUCUUUUAGUGAAGAAAAAACAAAAUUCUCUCUUAUGACACCAGAGUUGAGCAACAGUUUUACAAACAAGAACAGUCUUUCCAGAUGUGAACAGUCUCGUAUGGAAACAGAUGAACUGGAGAACAGUGUCUUCAAAGCUGCAGUUUCACCAGGACCUACUUUGAAUCAGGACCCAGCAGAGAUUGAAGUCGAGGAUUCUCCAGUAAAAAGGACCAGAAGACGUUGUCCUCCUCCUCAUGUGACGUCUGUCUUGAGUGAUAGUGAAGACGACAACGAUAAAGUGCUGGAGCCUUUUAAAGGACAGACAGACAAUAAGAACAAAUGGAUUGACCCAAAGGUUGUACAGCUUGAAGACAACUCAGAGCCUGAAGAUGAUCUUGAUUACAUCCCCCCUUCUCCUAUCCCUGAUGAGAUCUCUUAUACGACGUCUGCAAGGGAGACCAGAUCUAAAUCAACCGAUGCUGAAAGCAGAGACAAUCCUGUGCAAUCAAAGGGAGCCAUCACAACUCUUCAUGAACCCUCUAAUCAACACUCAAAAGACAAAACAAAUGAGCAGCUCUUCAGUAUUAUGCAGUCCAUUUGUUCUCUGGUUGAUUGCAUCCCUGAACAUGAACUAAUCGGUCUGUCCUGUGGAGGUGAGCUUUUGCUCAAGAGGGCUCAAAGGAAGAGGAUUCUUGCAACUGGUGGUUUAUUGAGGAUGCAGCAGCCAGACAGCACUGUGAUGUCUGAACCCAGCUUUAAAGAGACAUUUUCUUUUAGCUGUGAUACGCCUGGUGUUAUGUCAUCCAGCGGCUCUGUGCCCGUGGACUCCAAGAGGCUUCUUCAGAUCAGGAGAUCUUCAGUCAUCUCGCUGGACUCUGAUCACUCUGAGCCCUCGCACAGUAAGAACAGCGGGACAAUAUAUUCGGAAGAUCAGAGUAUGCGUAACUCUCCAUCAGCCCACAGCCUCACAAAUCCAUCUUUUAAUUUCUCUAAGAAAACAAGCACAGACCAGGAUGAUUCAGAACUCUUCUUCUCUUCCAAGAACCCAGAGUCUGUUGUUCAGAACAAAUCUAAUACCCCAGCAGCCAGUACAGCGCCAGAAGACAUAGAACUAGAUGACUUUUACAAUGACUACUUUGACAUAGAUGACUUCAAUGACUCAGAUGUCCCCGAUUACUUUGACGAACGCCAAAACUCCAGCACCGUGACUACAACAGUGAAUCAAGCGGGACCAAGCACGUCUUCAUGGGAGAGGAAACCAACAACACCUGCUUCCACACCCAAGCCUCCAAAGAUCUCUUCUCCUGAACCGAACUUCAGAAACCCAGCCCACGAUCGCUUCAGAGGAUUCAACUUCCCCCACUCGCAGGAGAUGAUGAAGAUCUUUCACAAGCGUUUUGGUCUCCAUCAAUUCAGGUUCAAUCAACUAGAAGCAAUUAAUGCAACGAUUCUGGCAGAGGACACGUUUGUUCUGAUGCCCACAGGUGGGGGUAAAAGCCUGUGCUACCAGCUGCCUGCCUGCGUGUUACCAGGAGUCACUGUGGUCAUCUCCCCACUCAAAUCACUCAUCGUAGACCAGAUCCAGAAACUCACUACACUGGAUAUCCCAGCAACAAGCCUGUCUGGCACCAUAAGUGAGAGUGAAGUAGGGAGGAUUUACAUGCAGCUCUCCAGGAAAGACCCCAUCAUUAAACUUCUCUAUGUCACUCCUGAAAAGGUGAGUGCAAGUAACAAGCUGAUCUCGGCCCUGCAGAACCUGUACGAGCGAGGCCUUCUGGUCCGCUUUGUCAUAGAUGAGGCCCAUUGUGUCAGUCAGUGGGGUCACGAUUUCCGCCCAGACUAUAAAAGGUUGCAUGAACUGCGUCAGAAGUUCCCCAACGUGCCGAUGAUGGCGCUGACAGCCACCGCCACCCCCCGCGUUCAGAAAGACAUCCUCAACCAGCUGAAUAUGACUCGGCCGCAAGUGUUCACUAUGAGUUUCAACAGAACAAACCUUAAGUACUCUGUCCUGCCCAAGAAACCCAAAAAGGUUGACGAGGACUGCAUCGGCUGGAUCAAGAAGCACUACCCACGUGACUCUGGCAUCGUGUACUGCCUGUCCCGUAAAGACUGUGACGCCAUGGCUGAGAGUCUGCAGAGAGCACGGAUAUUAGCUCUGGCCUAUCACGCAGGCCUGAGUGACGGUGCCAGAGAAAAUGUGCAGACCAAGUGGAUCAACCAGGACGGCUGCCAGGUCAUCUGUGCCACCAUAGCCUUUGGCAUGGGCAUCGACAAGCCGGAUGUGCGUUAUGUGAUCCACGCCAGUCUGCCCAAGUCAGUGGAGGGUUACUACCAGGAGUCUGGGAGAGCUGGCAGAGAUGGAGAUAUCUCUCACUGUAUCCUCUUCUACUCCUACUCCGACGUCCACCGCAUCAAGAGGAUUAUCAGCAUGGAUCGAGAAGGUAACCGACAGGCCCAGAUGACUCAUAUCGACAACCUCCACAGCAUGGUGCACUUCUGCGAGAACAUGAUGGAGUGCAGAAGAAUUCAGCUGCUCGCGUACUUCGGGGAGCUGAAGUUCAACAAAAGCUACUGUAAGGACCAUGCAGACGUCAGCUGUGACAACUGUGCCAAACCCAACCAAUACAAGAUGAGAAAUGUCACUGAAGAUGUGAAACAGAUUGUGAGGUUCGCCCAGGAGACCUGCGAGAAAGUUGGAUCAAAGUUUGGCAGGACUGCGCAGCAAAACCGACUGACACUGAAUAUGUUGGUGGAUAUCUUUAUAGGGUCUAAAUCUGCCAAGGUACAGUCAGGAAUGUUUGGGAUGGGAGGAGCGUACUCUAGGCAUAACGCUGACCGUCUCUUCAAAAAACUGGUUCUGGACAACGUGCUGAUGGAGGAUCUCUACAUCACAAACGGCGGUCAAGCUGUGUCGUACAUCUCUGCUGGAUCCAAAGCCAUGAACGUGCUGUCUGGACACAUGCAGGUGGAGUUCUAUGAGACCGAGAGUGCGUCCAGCGUCAGGAAACACAAAGCUGCUGUGGCCAAGAACGUCUCCCAGAGAGAGGAGAAGGUGCAGGAGUGCCUGAAGGAGCUGACGGAUCUUUGCAAGCAGCUGGGCAAAGCGUUUGGCAUUCACUAUUACAACAUCUUCUCCACCGCCACUUUGAAAAAGAUAGCUGAGAAGCUUUCCUCAAACCCCGAAAUCCUCCUACAAAUCGAUGGUGUGACGGAGGACAAACUGGAGAAGUAUGGAGCUGAGGUCAUUCAGGUUCUAGACAAAUACUCUGAGUGGCAGCUGCCUGAGGAACAGCCCGACACUGGUGGGGACAUGUGGAUAGACACGGCAGAAGGCCGCGCAUAUGAUGACGAGGAGGAGUCCUCCACCUACUUCGGUAGUCAGUCUGGACAGGGAAAGAAGAGAAAGAAAGCUCCGUUCUUCAAAUAUGCCAAGAAGAGGAAAUCAUAUGGCAACUCUAGUGGCAACUCUAAAGGUCGUGGCUACAGCAGCAAUAAAUCGUGGUCGUCGUCCAGCUCCGGAGGCGGAUCGUAUGCUGCAGGUCAAGGUCGGGGGUCCAGGAGCUCGGCGGGAGACGCGUCAGCAGGCAGGACGCCGGGCUUCCUCAACGUACCGACCCCUCAAACCAACCAGAGACCCUUCUUAAAGCCAAAAUUUUCACACAUGGGCUAGGGACGUCGUCUGGAUCCGACUUUCUAAGACAGCAAACUACUUUUUCCACUACAUUUUCAAACCAGUUGUCGUUGCUUGUAACAUAUUAAUGUUAUAACCCAACUGUUUAUUGAAACUGCUAAAAUUGUAUAUUUGUUCUGUACAGUUAUUGUCCUUCACUUUUUAUGUAAAUGUUAUUUUCUUUUUUUUUUAUAUUAAAGACAAAAUUUAAAUUAA